CCCACCCGCGUGCCGCUCGCAGCUCGUCGAUGACGCGCGAACAAGCCGGCGGCGGCGGCGAGGAUGCGGUAUCAGCGCGCGCGAAGGCGGCUGCGGCGGACGACGCGACGCCGCCGUCGUCGUCGUCAACUUCAACUUUCCCGGGGAAGCGAGACGGCGGCGAGGACGGCUCGCCGCUGCCGUGGCAGGCGGAGGUCGACGCGGCGAAAGAGGAAGCGAAACGACGGCUCGCGAAGAUGCUGUCGCGCCCUGAAGACCUCGCGAGACUCCCGGAGCUGCGCGAGCAGGUCGCGGCGAAGCUGUACAAAGCCGAGCAAGAGCUCGCGGCGAGUUUAGAAGCGUCCGUCGAGGGCGUGAGAACCGGCGUCGAGGCGCUUCACACCGCGCGCGCGGCCGUGGAACAGACGCAGGCGAACAUCGCGAGGAUAGAGGCGCUGUGCAAGGAACAAGAAAACGACGAGCUCUCGAGCCGGCGCGAGUUGCUUCGCGACCUCUCCGUGAUGCGCGUUAAUCUGAAACGAACGAUCGACGACGCGAAGGCGAUCAUCGCCUUGCCGGAACAAGCCGCGAAGGCGAUCGAGAUGCUGAACGACGAAAAUAAUCUCUUCGCGUGCUGGGAGGAACUCACCACCCUCGCGACGAGCGCUCAACCCGCGCGCGUCGCCCUCGAAGCCGCGAGACGGCAGCCCCACGGCGGCGUGUCGCGAGCGGCGUCGAGACCGGCGGCGACGCACUUCGCCGCGAUCGACGAAGCGAUCGAAAAGUUCGAGGCGAUCUUGUGGAGAACCGUGCACAGUUCGUUGUUCGCGGGCAGAGGAGGCAGUAAGGCGCUCGUUCGCGCGUGCAGAGUCGUGGAAGGGCAGGAACAGCUCGACGCCGAGCUCGCCGCGCAGGCGAAGGAGGACGCGGAAAAAAACAGAAACGGCGGCGACGGAGACGAGGAAAAAAACGACAAACCCGCGCCCGCCGCCGCGCCAGGGAAAGAGUACAAGAAACGAAUGUUGCGAGAAGUCAGAGAUGCGGUAGAGGAACGAUUUACUAUGACGGUGGAGAGCCUCAUGGGCGACGUCGACGUCGGAGGAGGACCGUUGGACGUCCCGAUGGUCUUGGAGAACAUGAACGUUCUGAUGCAGCAACUCACGGAUGCGUUUGACUACGCUGUCCCCGCGUUUCCUCCGAAGUAUCGCAUUUUCGAGAGCGUCAUGGCCCCGGCGUGGCACCGACACGUCUCGAAACUGAUCGAUAAACUCGUCGCAGUGGCUAGGGACUUGUCAAACGCGGACAUCAUCGUCGUCCUGAAUUGGUAUCAGUCUUACGCAGAGGCCAUGGAAGCGUUGGGGGUGGAUGUCGAGGUCGCGCCGUCGGAGCCGCCCGGAACCCCAAAGGGGGUAUCAACCCCGCCUCCCUCCGUGCCUGCGGUGCCGCCUACUGUGAUGAAGACCGGGGGACCGCCGCCGCCCGGGAAAACUGGACGCGGAAAAAACGCAUUUGACAGCCCUGGAGGCGCUGAUGGAAGCGGCGAACCUUCGGUGCUUUCCCUCGAGUCUUUUCUGGCAACCGGCGCCGGAAACGCGGCGGCGGCUAUUGAGACGGUCGAUGAGAAGGAAGUAGAAGGGACUAAAAUGAUCGAUGUUGUUCACCGCAACGCUGAAGGUAUCGUGCGAAACGAUGGACCGGAAUCCCCGGGAGUCUCAGAGGACGAUGACGAAACGAUGACGUAUCCUGCUCGCCUGGUUGACUUGGUCGACGUGUACACUUCGCGGAUGGCGCAAACCGUGCACACAUGGUCCGUGAAUCUCCAUCGCAUGACCGCGUCACAGCCCCUGAAGGCCGCGGAUGAUGGAUCUCUGUGGACCGCGAGCGAUGUCGAAUUUUUCCGUCUGCUGAACGAGCAGCUCGAAGUCGCGGUAGGCGGUGGGCCUCAGCUCGUCCCCGCCGCCGCGGUUGCGAUCGCGUCGAUCCUGGCGGAUUUCGCCGCGCAACAGCACAAGCGCCUUGGCGGCGCAGCCGCGACAUCUUCGUCCACGGUCACGUCUCUAUCAUCACCCGUGCACUUUAGGAGGCCAUCGUCGACGGCUGCCACGAUGGGUCUGACGACGCAAGAAAGAGCCGCGCUCGCGGCGGCGAAGACGGUGGAAUACAACGUCCUACUCGCCGGGGUGAACGAUGCAUCGAGAUGCCAUCGUCUUGCGUCCGAAAUGGAGUCUUCUCUCGUCAAAGCGCUUGGAUCGACUGACGCGAUGGUGACACUAGCGAAUAAAGGAUCUGCUUCCGGCGGGGAGACUAGUAUCAUUCGACCCGCACUCGACGCGUUCAUGAGCAACGCGGAACACUGCGCCUCCGCGGCUUCCGCGGCAGUCGUCACGGAUCCGAGCGUCGUCGCCUUGUUUGCGCAACUCUUCGUCGUGGACAAGACCGGAGGCGGCGCGUGGAUCGAAGGCGAAGUCACGGAAACGCUCGUGGCUACGAUCGUGGAUUAUCUCGGAGAUGUAGAGCAGUACGUCACGCGCAAUUUGGCUCCUAUGGUGUGCGAGGCUGUGCUCACUCGCGUCGUGAAGAUCAUUAUCGACGCGUGCAUGCGACACUUACAAGUUAUUCGCCCGGGAACUGUUGAUCGCAUGGCAGCAGAUGAAGAUGUUCUCCGGGAGUGCUUCGGGGACUACUUGCCGUACAAGAUUGUCGAUCCAUGGCUUCAACGCCUCGCUGACAUACGCGACGUCGCAGCGGCGGAUGACGCGGAGUCUUUCGUGCUCGCAUAUGGAAUAUUAGUGCAGUCCAUGCCAGAACUCGGCCUGGAACCCGCCGAGCGUAUGCUCGCGGCGAGGAAAGACAUCCCGCGCGCGACUCAGCGCGCGAUUCUAGAAGAAUGCCGUGAGCUUCACAACAGUCAAAUCGCCACGAUGACGAGCGUGACCGCCGCUUCUACGGCAAAGAAAGGAUUGCGAUUCUAG